AUGGAAAAUACCACACAGCAACUCCAUUCCUCGAGCAACAGAAAACCAAAAACAUUACAAGUAUCUUUACUUGCUGUUGCUCUUGUUCUGUUGCUCUUCUUAGCCUCUCCUGUCAGCUCUUGCAAUGAAGAGGAGAAGACCUCCCUCCUUGGGUUCCUCGAUGGUCUCUCUCAGGCCUCUGCCCUCAACACUUCAUGGAAAAAUGACACAAAUUGCUGUUUGUGGGAGGGCGUUACUUGCAAUGAGGAUGGGGCUGUCAUGGAUAUCUCUCUGGCUUCUAUGGGCCUUGAGGGGCACAUAUCACCCUCACUUGGCAAUCUCACCGGCUUGUUGAGGCUCAACCUGUCCGGCAACUUACUCUCCGGUGAACUACCACCGGAGCUGCUGUUGUCCAGUUGCAUUGUCGUCCUCGAUGUUAGCUUCAACAAGCUCAAUGGAGAGUUCCACAAGCUGCCAUCCACCCAAGAACUGGCAAUAAAGGUAAUCAACAUCUCAAGCAACUUUUUCACAGGAUAUUUUCCAUCUGACACACUAGAUGGCAUGAAGAAUCUGGCCAGUCUCAACAUGAGUAACAAUAGCUUUACCGGGAAAUUUCCGAGCACGGUUUGUGUUGACAAGCCGUUCUUUGUGGUGCUUGAUCUCAGUUGCAACCAGUUUCAUGGUGGCAUACCGCCAGAGCUUGGCAACUGCCCUGUGCUGAGAGUGCUUAAGGCUGGACAAAACCAAUUCAGUGGGACACUCCCCUGUGAGCUUUUCAAUGUCACCUCAUUAGAGCACCUCUCAUUGCCUAAUAACCAUUUGCAAGGCAAACUUGAUCCUGAGCAUGUAGUAAAACUCAUCAAAUUAGUUAUCCUUGACCUUGCCGGGAAUUGGCUAAAUGGUGAAAUCCCAGAUUCUAUUGGGCAGCUCAAGAUGCUGGAGGAGCUUCACUUAGACAAUAACAACAUGUCUGGAGAGCUUCCAUCAUCUCUGAGUAAUUGUUCAAAUCUCACAACCUUCAUCCUGAAGGGCAAUAACUUCCACGGGAAACUCACAAAUGUCAACUUCUCCACCCUACCCAACCUAAAAUUUCUAGAUUUUAGAUCAAACAAGUUCAGUGGCACAGUUCCAGAAAGCAUCUACUCUUGCAGCAACCUUAUUGAUUUGCGGUUAUCUUACAACGAACUCCACGGUCAACUUUCAUCAAGAAUAAACAAUCUCAAGUCCCUAAGAUUCCUAGACAUGUCGAAUAACAGUCUUACCGGUGAUAUAACAGUAGCAUUGAUGGAGAUGCCAAUGCUUGAACAAGCCAAAUCAGAACAAAUUUUCUUAGCCACAUCAGUAUUUCCAUUUCCUCUUUAUCUGGCUCCAUUUCUCCAAUACCGUACGACCAAUGGUUUCCCAAGAACAAUCAAUCUAGGCUACAAUAGACUUACUGGUGUAAUCCCACCGGAGCUUGGUGAUUUAAAAGGACUGCUUGUACUCAACCUGAGCUUUAACAACUUAUAUGGGGAGAUUCCAGAAUCAAUUGGCAACCUUGUGAAUCUACAGGUGCUAGACUUGUCAUACAACAAUCUGACCGGCGCGAUCCCUUCCACGUUGGAGACACUUCACUUCCUUUCCAAAUUUGACAUUUCUAACAAUGAUAUGGAAGGGCCUAUUCCAACUGGUGGUCAGCUCAGCACGUUUCCAGAUAGUAGCUUUGUUGGAAACCCAAAGCUGUGCAGCCCUACCCUGGUGCACCUUUGUGUGCCCCACUGUAGUUCAACAAAUGCAGCUGCACUUCCCAUUGCCUCCACAGAACAGUACAUUGACAAGGUCAUCUUUGUGAUUGCCUUUGGUAUAUUCUUUGGAGUAGGAGUUCUAUAUGACCAGAUGGUUUUGUCCAGAUACAACUGGCCCAAUCUGGUUCAGCUGUAG